UGCCAGCAUGAAGCUGUGGCAGGAGCGGCCGAGGCACUUCCAAACAGGACGCCACGGCCAUCACCACUAUCAUCACAGAGGCUCCUUGACUGAGGAAGAGGCUCAGCAGCUCACAACGUUCAGUGAGGCCGUCUCCACCCUUGUCCGAACAAUCAAGACUGCGUCAGCUACAAAUGCUGUGGUGGAACACGAGCUGUUCCUGGCCGCCUCUCAGACUUCCUCUGCGAUCGACCACGUCUUUCCUGGAGGUCACUUGCUAGAGAAUAUGCAGACACGGCAACUGAUAUGUGACCUGGUGGCUAGUGUCCGGCAGCUGUGUCAAGAGACAAGAAUCUUUGCCUCUGAGAAGCUCGAAGAGGCGAAGCUGCCCCCGCAGUUGGAGGAAAAGUUGAUUUCUACUACUACUACUGUCGAAGACGAGCUCCGCAAGUGCUUUGACUUACAAGGCGCAGGAGACGAUGAGCAAGAGCAUAAGCGGCCUCGGAGUCUGUUCAAGCUGAAACUGAAGCGUUCCAAGACAACUGCUUCGUCCUCGUCAUCCUCGACAUCGGUGACUCAGCCACCUGCCAGGAGAGAGCCAUCUCUCUCGAUCAGUAGUGGAGGCGGAACGACUGAUGAUGGCUCAGUAGGUCCCAUCGGCCUAGCUCCAUGCUCGAGUGGGGCCCACUGCGGCACACCGGAAUCUGCUCCUCCCCCACUUUCCAAGUGGCCAGCAAAGUCACCGGCAAAGUUGUUGCAGCGCGGAUCUCCAGAAAUGUUGGCUGCCCUUAGCCUAGGAGUGUCCUCCUGGUCAGCAGAACAAGUGGCCAGCUGGCUGGCAGAGAUCCAAAUGCGAGAGUACCAGGAGCACUUUGUGCGGCACGACAUUCGUGGCCCCGAGCUGCUCAGCCUGGAGAGACGUGACCUCAAGGAGCUUGGGAUCACCAAGGUUGGCCACAUCAAGCGAAUACUUCAGGCAGUGGCAGACCUUAAAAAGCUCUAGCAUUGAGCCAAGGCAUCAGUCACAAAGGAAGCUUGGGAAGAAUCGUGCUUACCAAAUACCAGCUGCGAAAACAUUGGGACCACCACCAAGGAUGAGAUGUCAUGGCCUGAUGACAAUCGAGCUCAUGCUGUAUGUGCUAAAUAGUUGAACGCAACAUGACAUUCCAUCAUACAUUGUGCUAGUCAUGACGCAGGGCCAUUUUAGGUAACUGUAGUCUGACAACCUUGAAUUAGCGUGCUUGGACUGCUCCAGUUUUGAUUUACACUGGGCUCUACUGCCACAUGUUAACUCUUCUGCCACAGCCGCUGA